AUGCUUACUAAAAAUGCUCAUCAUAAUGCUCCAGCUGAGGACAGCGUGGUUGAAUGUAACUCCAAACUGGACCCAACGAACACAACGUUCCUCAAGAUGGCGGACAGCGGUGGGUUACCACAGGUCACUCAGCCUGGAAAACUGACAGAAGCAUUUAAAUAUUUCCUCCAAGGCAUGGGAUACAUGCCAUCAGCCAGCAUGACUCGCCUUGCCCGAUCACGUACCGCGUCUCUCACCAGUGCCAGUUCUGUGGAUGGAACUCGCCCCAGACCUUGCACCCAGUCAGAAAGCAGCGAGGGCAUCGGGCAGAUAAAUCACACCAUGGAAGUGUCCUGCUGAAUGCCUGCCGACCCAUGUACCAGUCAGCCCUUCCUCCCACCCUUUCAUUCCCCACUUCUUUACUGGUUUUGCUUACUGUUUCCCACCCCCCGCAGCCCCCUUUAAUUCGCGCCUGGCGUUUUUUGGGGGGGAAUUCUACUCGAACAACGAAUGCGGUUCACCUUCCAUCUGGUCCAGUGUUUUAGGGCCCAUUCCUGUUAGAUGUCAGCCAGGGGAUUGUGGGAGAUUAGGGGUGCGGUAAUGGCCAGCAGUCCCUGCCAUCAAGGUAUGUCAUGGUCUACCAAUGGCUGAUAGGACAGUAGAUUGUUUACGUUAUGUUUAUCUCUAGUGAACUGGGCCAACUUGGCAGGAAUCAGUCUGGACAAUGGGAGGACACAGUUCUUGCUGAUGAAGAUUAGCUUUCACUUGAUGAAAUAUAGAGGUGAUCUCUUACAAGCAGUGGUAGUUGGAGGUAUUCUCAUGACACGGUUGACCUGGAGUUUUUUUUAUUUAUAAAGCACUAACGUAUUCUAAAGAGCCAUACAACGGGUUCACAAAACAUAUGAACAGGUUUCAAGAGAGAUCUGCGGUUCUUUAUUUGAUCUGCUUGUCUGAUUUGGCGUGAUCUGUUGGUCUCGUGGUAUCAGACAUUGUGCUAGUGUCUAUGGGAGUGAAAGCCAGGCCCAUGUAGCUCACUGCUGUCUAUGAUUCUAGCUGGUGUGGUGUGGCUUAUGUCUAACUGGCGAUGAAAGUGAUGCUGUCCUGAUGCCACGAGGUUGGAAGGGUUUGUUAUGAAGGCAGUGAAUGUGCCACAGACUUGGUCAGAGCGCGUGUAUGGUGCAGAAGGUAGACUGAUGGAUCACAUUGAGGAGUUAGGUCUGUGCCAUGGACAGGAUUCCACAAACCUCAUGUGUCUGAUCUGUAUUCUGUCUGCUCCACUCCCACCAUGGUGUUGCCCCCAAGUGUUCUAAUUCUAGAGUUACCUAUAUACAUAAUCUCCCAUCCCCCUUCUCUCCUUGUGGCUCCAUGCUUUGUGUUCUGUAUGUUUUUUUUAAGGUGGAAUUUAUUGGCUCCUGGUUGUUCUAUCUCCUGUGUGCACAGUGAUUCUGUAACCUUAUAGAAUAUGUAGGAUACUGUUUCGUGUGUACAUUGCAAUGCUUGAUGCUUUUAGUUGCAUUAAAGCUGUCAAUACAAACUAUACCAUGCUGAGUCGAGAGAAUAUACGCGAAUUCAUGUUGGAAAAUCUGAAUAAAAUACUCAAAUCUGAAAAAAAAAAA